AUGUUCCCUUCGGGGCUCAUGCUGCUCUUGCUCGCAGAGCUAGCAGAGCUGCAACAACUGUACCCAGCAGCUGCUGCUGCAACUGACAAUGCGACAUCAUCAACACAGGCGAACAGCGAUCCACAUGAUUCUGCUUGGGUCUUUUCUGUCGAAUCUGUCAGCCGCAUGGUUCCGCUGCUGCAGCGGGCGGAAGCCGCAACGCGAUUGCGCAGCAUUGUGAUGGAUUUUCCUAGACACAGCAAGGGACCUCCGGUCGUUCUGCUGCAUCCAACUCCUGUUUCUCCGCUUCAGCAGCUGAAACUCCUGCAGUCCGCUCGGGAGGCAUUCGCCGCAGAAGAGCGGCUUUUACCUGGAAUAUUUGAGUAUCACGCUAGAACCCUCCUGCUCGUGCUUCAUGCUGCCACAUCUGCUCGUUACAGCCCUCGCGAAGUGCUGCGACAGGGGCUGAGCCGCGCUGGCCUGGCGACGGCGGUGCUGGACAUGGGAGCUGCGCUGGAUUCCGAGGUCCCGAACUCUUCGGGGCCCAGGAAAGAUACUCACUCGAAGUUUGUCGAGGAGUCGGAAUCCGCUGUUGAGGCUGCUGAGGCAUUUGUUCGCGACCUGCAGCGCCUGACGUCCAGUAACGACACAUGGGGAGCCUUAAGGACGGAGUUUAGCUCAUGUGGAGACAACCUUUGA